AUGGAUGAUGAAAAUAAAGUUAAAUUCACUGCUCAAGAUUUAUAUGAUAAGAAAGCUGACAAAACAGAGCUUCAAACAUUAAAGACAGAAAUACUUCAAACAUUAUAUCCUGUUGGUUCUAUUUAUACGUCAAUGAACUCAACAAAUCCAUCAACAGUUUUAGGUUUUGGUACGUGGAAGCAGAUUGUAGAUAAAUUCUUAUACUGUGCUAGAUAUUCAAAGCAAACAGGAGGUUCGAAGAAAAUUAAAGAAGCAAACCUUCCACCGCACACUCAUACAGGAACUACAAACACAACAGGAAAUCAUUCACAUUCAAUAACAAAAAGAGGUUAUAUAAAUCUUGCAGCGGGUUUGGAUAGAUGGGGAAUGAAUAGAUAUGAUAUCACAACUGACCCAGUAGAUUCAAGCACAGGUAUUUUCUGUGGAACCACAGGUAAUCAUUCACACACUUUCACAACAAAUCCAACAGGCUCUGGUAAAGAUUACAUGCCACCAUUUGUGACUGUAUUCGCAUGGUACCGAGUUCAUUGA